AUGCGUUCGCCGACUUCACUCUUGGUUCUGCUAUGGGCAUUGGUGUCCAUAGCUUUGGCAGCUGAUUCUGUCCACCUUUCUGGGACGUCGCAGCUCGCGACACAUGGCGUGGCAUCCCAAUUACCUCCUCAUGAGCGCCUCGUUCACGCCCAAGACCGCUCGAGACAGGUCGCCCUGACGCAGAAGCUGGCGCCCGGCGCAUUCAAGGCGUCCAUCCUCGAAGCUGCCUCUGUCAAUGUUAAGUCGUUUGCGCACGGCGGCAUGAGCUUGCUCCUCGACCUGGCAUCAUCGUCCAACGACGUCCUCGACUUUAUUGGCAACAAUACCAACUCCGUCUUUUCACGAUCCGAGCCCAGCGAGGAGGGCAACGCAGCCUCGGGACGGAAGCACGUCGCCUACACGAGCAUCGCCCUCGUCCUCGUCAUGCUCUUUUUCGCCGUCUGGAUGUAA